AUAAUUAUCUUUUUCUUUCUUGUUUUUCAUUUCUUUGCUUCCUUGUAGUGUUGUGCUGCGUCGCGUAAAAUCCAUUUUACAGCUGUAUAUUGUUUUUGUGAAUGAAUGUGCAUAAUUCAUGAAAAUUUUCAGUGGCGAAACUUUUGAGUAGCGCAGGACAGACAAAGAGUUGGUGAUUUUCGGUGUUUGGAGUGUUGCAAGUGUCGCAUAAGUUGGAGGUUUCAGCGUUUAUGAGAAAUAGGGGGCAUGUUGGAACCUGCAUACCAGUGACGAGACGGCGGUUCUGGGAAAAAUUGAGAGAAAUGCUGAUAGAUUUGGGAGUGAGCAUCUUUUACUGAGAGGUCUGAUUGAAUUAUAGAGCCGACUUGAGCCGCAUGUUUGGCGAAGAAAUCUGCACGCUCAUUUGCAGGGAUGCCAAUAUGUGAGGGAGUCCAGAUAAUGGAUCUGUAUUAUUAUUUGGCACUUUGUUAUUUGGUUCCUCAAAUGGACUAUCUAUUUCCGAUGAAAGGAGUGAUUGCUGGAAUUUUUUUAAGAUGUUUAAACCUUCGGCACUAUUAAGUGAGAUACUUUUGAAAAGGUAGUAUGGUUGAAGACGGAUUGAGAUGGUGUGAUUUGAAUCGGACUGGCAAUAGCGUGAUGGAUUGGAUUUCGUGGAGACGCAACUUUGCUAUAUUUUAAUUUUGUUACUCUUUUGUUUAUUUCUUCAUAAACGCUUCUUUUUGGUGGUUUGUUUUUAUUAAGAGGGGGAAAGGCAUUGUUAAAUUCAUCAUCAGAAAGGAUUUGGAAACGGUUUUGGGAUUCUGGAUAUUUUUGAACAACUUCUUUUCGUGAAAGGUUGGAAAGGGCCAUUAUGCUUCUUAUAUUUCUUUCAGAUUUCCAUCUUGGGCACUGCUUUGAGUCGGUUGCAAAAUGAUCAAUACUAUUACAGAGAAUGCAUCGAGGCGAGUUGCAUAUAUCCUUGCACGUAGUUGUUGAUAAACAUUCUUUACAUUUCUGCUCUUUGGGACAUUGAUUGGGGCAUAGAAUAAAUUUACCACAAUUUAAACAUUUUUUCGUCGACCUGCAACGAAUGGCUAUCACCCCGAUUCUUAAUGACAAUUCCCUGGGAAUUUUUUCCCUAUUCCCUGUUCCCCUAUUCUAAAUAAAAUCUCCCGGGGAAUUUUUUCCCUUUUCCCUUCUCCCUUAUUCUAAAUGAACUUCGAAAAUGGGAAACUCUUCCCCGGGAAAAAAGUAGGUAUUAUGAAUGUCAAUAAAAGGGCGAAUGUGAUAACGAAUUUUGGGAAUAAUUCCGCCAAAAAAUUGCAAGCGAGUUGUGCCAAAAAAUGUCAAAAACAACAAACAAAAAGCAGUUAGACAUUCUGCUUACCUCUAUGCAAUUACAUAGCGAUAUUGCGCGAGGUUGGUUUAAGGGAGGAAAAGAGGAGCUAAACCGGGUAUGGCGCAAUUUGGAGGCGGAAUUAAAUGCUGCCGGGCCACCAUCAAAAAGUGUUGCCGAGUGGAAGAAGGUAUGGGCCGAUCAAAAAAAGUAUGUACGGCAGAAGGCGGCACAAAACCUCAAAUACUCCAGAGGAACUGGUGGAGGCCCCAACAUGGAGCAGAAGUUUUCUGCAAACGAAGAGGCCAUAUACGAUUUGGUUGGCAUGAAGGAGUCAGUGGAAGGUGUGGCCAUCAAGUAUGGGUUAGGAUCUUCCACUUCUACAAUACAGAACCCAGAACGCCUUCCAAAUGAAAUUCUGGAGUUGCUAGAGCCAGACGGAGAGGAGGCUGAAUGUCCUGCGGUGCACAGCAAUGAAGACACUCCGCAAAAGCCGCCGGCGAAAAAAAUUAAAAUAAGUGGCCAGCAUUUCAAUACACAGGCAUCCGCUCGCGACGUUCUAUCAGAAGAGAUAGACAUUCAGAAACGUAUGUUGGAUGCAAUGAUUGAGCAGCAACAAAUUUCAAAAAAGGUGUAUCGUUCUAUUGACCGCCUUUAUGAAGUCAAAAAGGAAGAACUAAAAGAGCAGAAAAGGCACAAUUUAAUUAUGGAAAAAUUGCGGCUAAGAGAAGUGGAGGAUAAAAUUGAAAAGAACCGCCGACUCUUAGAACUGGAAGAACUGAAAAAUAAUCUAGAAAGUACCUGAAUAUAUAUAUAUACACAUACACACAGACUGAAAACGUGCAUAUGAACGUACCUGUAAAUAGUAUUAGUUUUGUUUUUAGUUUUAGAAUAUGAAUUUAUGUGUUUUCUUUUUGUUUGUUUUUGAACAUGAAUUUUAUUGAGUUUUUUUUUGGUUGUUUUUGAAUUGUUUUUUAGUUUGUUUAAAAUAAAAUGUGAUGCUAUUCCUAUGUGAUAACUAA